GUGGAUAAUGGAAAUGCGACUUCUAGGUAAACCUUAGGCAUAAAACAGGUUGAUUUUGCAAGUCCACAUCCAAACCCACAACAAAACAUGACAAGCCUCCCGAGGUUCGCUGGCUGCCCUCUUUCCUGCGUCUACCCCGGGGAGAGCAAUACUGAACCCAGCGUGGUGCUGCCACCUUUGGCAGGGGAGCACAUGGGACACCCCACUGGCAGUUCCUUAAAACUCUGCCCCUCGCACAAUUUAGGAGACUACCCCGAGACAAGGUCCAGCACAUAUGCUGACUAUUCCGUCCCCCAUCCUGCAGACUCGGGAUACUCCAGCUACCGGUUAGAACAGAGUCCUAGGGGCUUCAUCGGUGGCGCCAACCUUCCUGGAACAAGAAUGCCACCAGUCACUGAUCAACUCGUACCAAGAUCUACCCAACAUGGCGGAAUUGGAAGGUAUCGUGACCUUCCCGGCUAUAGAGAAGGCAGGAGCCACGCGAUUUUCACUGCGUAUCAGGAGCAGGCCCAUGGCUCCUCCGACGCCACCCGAGACUUCAGCGGCCAAGUGAUGUUGAGUCUGCCCGGGGAUAUUCUCACAAGAACGCACCCGUACGGCCAGGCGCUCAGUGGCCCAAGAGGCAGCGGCCAACAACUAGUUACCCAGUUCCUGGAUCUCUACAAGCCGCUGAACAUGGCCAUACAGCGCGGGGGCGAUGCUUUCUUCAGGUGCUCCAGGCAAGACCUGAAGCGCGAGCUGGUCUGUAAGUGGAUGGACGGCCAAAAUGGGGCCGGGAAGCAGCCGUGCUCGAGGACAUUCGGGACCAUGUAUGAGCUGGUCACCCAUGUAACGGUGGAGCACGUUGGGGGACCCGAGCAGUCUGAGUACGUUUGCCACUGGCAGAGCUGUCCCAGAGAGGGAAAGCCGUUCAAAGCCAAAUACAAGCUGGUGAACCACGUCAGAGUCCACACUGGGGAAAAGCCAUUCCCAUGCCCCUUUCACGGCUGCGAGAAAGUUUUCGCAAGAUCAGAAAAUCUCAAGAUCCACAAGAGAACGCACACAGGUGAAAAGCCGUUUAAAUGUGAAUACGAGGGCUGCAAUCGGAGAUUUGCAAACAGCAGUGACCGGAAGAAACACUCUCACGUGCAUUCCAGCGACAAACCCUACAUUUGUAAGAUCAGAGGGUGCGAGAAGUGUUACACCCAUCCCAGUUCCCUUCGCAAGCACAUGAAGUUACACUGCAAGGCCUUCAUGGCGAAAACCAGCGAGGGGUGUGGGGAUGACAGUGAGCACCUUGCCGAGGUCACGUCACCCGAAGUAACGGAUCAUCAAAGUGCAGGCUCCCCUAAAGCGACAGUGACGCGCACACUUCUGCCUGCGACCUCGCGAGAUUCAUUAUCCCCGAACGCUCGAAACGCUUCUACUCUGUGCCCACGCGUCCAUCAUUCAUAUGACAACAGUUUGGACUAUUCUACGCAUAGGUCACCGGCUCUCUUGGACCCCCUGCUGUUACAAAGGGGUCACUUUAGGACGGAGUCGGCACCAUACUCAUCCAACCAGCCGGGUCACAAUUUCGCCCAGAGCCACCGGCCUUUUCAUACCGGCUCGCCUCUCCAAAAAAGUAUCGUCAACGGAUGGUACACCUGUUAUAAGGGUUCAGAGUCUUUCUCGCCAAAGCUGUGUAACGAUGAUGUAUAGCCUGCUUAAUAAUAUAAUAUAUAUUUCAUUUAUGGUUGGAUUUGUGGUCAUUUGUGCGUGGAAUCAACAAAAAUGGGCGAGGAUUUUUCAUGUCUGUGAAAUUCUCAAUAUCAGAUUGUAAUAUUAAUAAAAAAUGCACGCCUCACUGUAUUUUAAAAUGUUGUUGUAUGGAUAGUCUUCGUGGGUAAAGAUGAUGGAACUCAACGCAUCACGUGCAAUUUAUGACCGACAAGCUUUAACUGGUGUAUAGCGCGGUUUUAACAUGUAAUUAAGCUGACAUGUCACCUUUUAAAAUCAUAUUUAACCCGUUUUCCUACACGUCCUCUUUGGGUCAUCGGGGUUUAUUGAAGACGAUUGUUUAAUAGCAAGUGAAGACAAGUCGCAGUUUUUGAGAAACAAAUAAGCAUACUCUUAAUUGUUAUUUAUUACGCUUUUUUUGUACAUAACCAACAAUGCUUAAAACAAAAGGGGAGCACAUGUAAUUGUAUUGUGUUCAGUGUCUUGCUGAAGGUCUAAACUGGCUAAUUUAUCACUGAAAGAAAGUGGCAUCGUAUUUAAUAUAAUAGGAUAAUAUCAGUCUGCCAAUAUUUUUAGACUGAAACAAGAUGCCUGAGUUUAUUGUAGACUCUCUUUGUAUCGCCAAGUUAAUUUAGUAGGCUAAAUAACGUGGAUGGAUGGGAUAUGUAAAUGUAAUCAUGUCUGUAAUUUAAUGUAAAAAAUAAAUUAAAAUCGUGUUUUAAUCACCAGCA